AUGCCAAAGAAGACCAGAGACUGGCUACUCCUCUGGCGUAAUAACAGUGGCAGAAAUUCGAGAGCACCUACUGAAAGAGGUUCCUGGAUUGAGGGAGCAUGGCAUAUCUCUAACCACGACACGAAGAUUAUUCCAAGCACCAAACAAAGGGUCGCCAGUCGACGUUACCAUUGUCUUGUCGAUGCAAGAGUUGCUACAAAAUCAAACCGCUACCGUGAGUUUCAUCCAGAUAGCCAUUACCUCUUCAGCAGAAACAAGCACCGCAGAGAGUUCUGUACAUUAUUUCAAUCAGAUGUAUGUAUUGCUAGCAUGGAUGACAUGGCAAAAAUAAAAGUUGGUGCUCCCGCAGUUUCGCGAUAUCAUCAAUUGCGGCGGCUAUGCCCUACCAUGGAUAUGCCAAAUUACGCAGAUCAUGACUUCCUUGUGCCCAACUACUUGCUAUCUGCUUCAGGUGAGUUGUAGUUUCAAUGUUUAGCGUUGGCUCUUGGUGUCGUGUUAGAAACGCAGAAAAUAACAACACGUGAAGCUAGUGAUGCACUAACCUCGAAGUUAACGAGAAGUUUCGGACAAAUAAUAAUAUAAUUAGUAAAUAGAAAGUUCUUCAUUGGGAAAAGUUGGAGAUUAUUAAUGACGCUUAAUUUUCUUUAGGUUACAUGUUCCUCGAAGAAAAAAAUGUGGCAGCACCAAUUUUGGAAGAGGCUGGUGAUGUACAGGUAAAGAACCAUUUUCAAGACAAUGCUUACGAUACAACAUCCGAAAAAAGUCAAACAAGUGUUGGUACAAAAAAUAUUGAAGAUGCGUUUGGUGUAAAUAUUGGGACUGGAACAGCGGGGAACUUUUGGAAUAACAUGGUUUGCCAGUGUAGAGAACAGUUAAAUAUUUUAACCACAGAAAAAGAAAUUUGUGACAAUGUCCUCGAAGAAAUCAAUCACAACAUCGAGUUCUACUGCCAAAAGUUUAAGAUGGAAGCCAACUAUAUAACCGAAAUGUGUAACAACAUCGAAGAUCAACUUCAUACUUGCCAAGAACAUCUGAACAUAAUAUCAAGUGGAUUGAGCAGCAUCUUUCACUGCCAAGUGGUCCAACUGGAUACGCUAAACAACAGUUCCAAAGUUAUCGAAGGAAGAUCUUGUAGCAACUAUGAGUCACCGAUAUACUUUGGUAUUUUGCCAGAAGACAGACUAGUUAAAGUGUGUCCUGUAACUUUCAAACGUGAAACGCUUGAAAAGUACAAAGAUAUUCCACUAAUACCGGAGGAUAUAAUAUACGAUGGGGUUGGGCGAGCUCAUCUUAAAACGCCAUACUCUGGAACUGCCAACGUUUACAUACGUUCACACAAGUAUAAUGCUACAUCUGUGGCAACACAUGUUACAGAUUUGUACGAAAUGUUAGACCCUAUUCGAGAAGAAAAAUCCGUAUUGAUGUUCCUUGCUGAUGGUGGUCCAGAUUUUAACCCAUCUCAUAUCGCAAAUGAGUUAUUUUACUACCGCCUUUUCAGAAAACUUGAUGCUGACAUACUCACGGUUAUGACAUAUGCUGCAAGAUACUCUGCUUUCAACCCUAUUGAGCAUCUUUGGGCUCCUCUAAGCAACCGCUUAUCUGGUGUCAUUUUUUCCCCAUUGAUUGAUGAUGAUAAAACUGCACCUGCUCUACAAAGUGGCAUUGAUUCAGCCACAGUAAAGCGCAAAGAAAGCACAAUAUUCGAUCGAGCAAUGAACGAUAUCAAAGAUAAACACUGGAAAGAUGUUCUAUUUGAUGGAUUUCCAGUCCAAACAAAAAUAAUUCCAUGCAACAACGACAACUUGCUCUUCAACGACUACGAUGACGUAAAAGCUUGCCUUAAGAGUCCCCUUCGCGAUCUUCACCAAUAUGCCGACCUAAUUAAAGAGUUCAAUGAGUGCAACAAACACAUUGAUCGUCACCUUAACGAAAUAAUAUUUGUUAAGUGCGAUGAUAGUUCUUGUUGUAAUGAUUUUCGAUCAAAGAAAGUAAAAGAACAUUUCCAAGGCAUUGUUAAGUUUCCAUCUCCCUCCGAAAGCAAAGAAUACAGAGGACGUUUCAACACUUUCCUACAGGAGGAAAUUAAUCCGGAAAAGAGAUUUGGAGAUGAAGGUCAACACACAGCAGACAAUGCGGACCUUGGUAAAUGCGCCUACUGCCCAGCAUUUUCUUUUAAGUCGAAAACAGAAAAAGACCGUCACCUUGGCAUGUUCCACCGGAGGCAACGAUUAAAUGUACAGACAACUGGAAAAGCUUUCAAAUGUAACUAUGAAGGUUGUGGUAAAACAUUUGAAAGCCAGCCAUCGUUGUCGCGGCACCAAACGUCGUCGAAGCAUCGAAAAAGAGAUCAAGAUCAACGAGGUCAAAAGCCUUCGCAGAAAAAACCAAAAAUGCUGUUCACGAUUGCAGAUGCCUUCCGUCAAGCAGAAGGAAGGAAGAGAAGGGAAAUGGUCCUAGAAGACAAAGAGGAUCUAUGUGCUGCUGAUAACUGCAUAAUAAAGAAUGAAGACCAUGAAAAUGAUGUCGACUGGAUCGAGUGUGGAAAGUGCGGCGCCUGGUUCCACCUGAGAUGCGUUGCUCUUGACACUAUGACGAAAGAGGAAUUUGAGAACUUUAACUUUCUUUGCGUUAAAUGUGAAUAA